AUAUUCACUUAAAGUUUUAACAGUACAAUUUACUUCAAUCAAUUUAUACGUCUCACGCAGUGUUCACCACGUCACGUUGCGAGUAAUUCAUGGUUUAAAUAUUCAACCAAUUUGCAACCCUGACGAUUUCUAUAGCGAAGUAGCGCAAAGCAACAGCGCAAUCAUUUUGUUUGUUGCGAAAAAAAUUCAAAAACAAAUAAGUAAAUCAGCUGACAGAUAAUAUUCGCACCGAGAACAAAGAUCGCUAUUGGUAUAAAAACGCUAACCAUUGUUAUAAUGGAAUUGAUUGCAGAACAAAAACUAAAACGGAACGGAUCGUGGAAGUGUUUAACAGCAACAAAAUUAAUACUUAAAGAGGCGGGUAAACCGUAAAAACAUCGUUGGAUUCCAGAAAUAGACUACAACAUGACAAAAGCAAUCAGCAGUGUCUUAACAUAUUUCCUCGCAACCAUAAUAACGCUUAAUUAUUGUGCAGCAUAUUCGGCGCUUGAAGAUGCACGCACAAUUGCAGAAUACAAACGUUAUUUGCGUACAACCGAUCAUGCUGCAGUUGCCCGCAGUUUGGUGCACAAAACUGAUUGGGCGUCAGUGGGUAGCAUAUCUACAAAUGAUAAAAUUGCAGACUAUCCCAUGGUAAACAUAAUAUCUGUGGAUGACAGUGCUGUGGAUGGCUCAUCCACAGGACGCAUACAUUUCUUGCUAACCGAUUUGGAUUUUACUGGUCCUGACUGGAAGCAUAUAAAUAAAGUCACUUUUCUAUUCUCCGAUGAUCAAACUUUGAAUUGCAAAAAUCAUGGACGUGAUCCAAUGGAACCGACAUGCCCACGUACUAUAAUUAGCGGAAAAGUUAAAGAGUUGGACAAAAAUGAUAAGAAUUACAACGACUGGUUGCAGGCUUUCACCGUUCGCCACCCAGCUGCAAAACAAUGGAUUAAAGCACAUAGUUUCUACUUAUGCGAACUGGAAAUAGAAAAUAUUUUCGUAUUGGACUUCUAUGGCGGUCCUCACAAUGUCGCUAUGAACGAUUAUUAUAACGCUAAACCGAACUAAUUCAUUACGGAUAGUGACAAAAUUCAACGACUGAGAUAUAAAAGGAUAUUCAACAUACCACAUUUGGUGCUUUGUAUUUAAAUAUGGGCAUACAUUAUGUAUUUUGAAAUGCUAGAAACAUAUACGUAUAUAUAUUUUAUAAACUGUUAUUAUAUGCUCCAUAUUAGAUGCUUAAAAACCCAUUUUUAAUAUUUUAUAUCUUAAAGUGAGACUGGUUUUUAAUAAAGCAAUAUAUAAAAAAUGUA